GCCAAACCAAAUGCUCACAUUCCUCUCAGCUCUGCGAGAGGCUGGUAUAAAGGAAGCCGGGCACAGCAGUCUGAUCCGAUCCGACUCCCGAGCUGCGCCAGGACAGAACAGCCGAAAGACAAGCGAAAAAAAAAAAAACCCAACAACUUUCAUUCUUACUCAGCGCAUUCUCCAGUGUUUAAAAAAAAAAGAGAGAGACGCUGUGGGUGACUGCUUUCAGAAAAAUGUUAGCUCUACAGCCAAGCUACUGUUCUGCGCUUUUACUCGCGCAGAAUGGGUCUGUUAUUUGAGAGGAAGACUCUGUAAGCCUGUUUCAUGGGCACACAGAGGACCUGUGUCGCAGAAGUAUUCCGUGUCGCAAGCAUUCGACUCAAGAAUAGCGUCGGCCUGCGUUGCAAGUCCGCCUCCUCACAGUUGACAGGAUGGGUGCUGCGCAUUCAGCUGAAAACUGAAUAAACAAAACGAGGGCGGGUUGCAUUCAAACUUGAGUUCAAGUCGAAGGAUUCGGUUGACCCACAGCAGGCUUUCGAUACCGGUGAACCACACACAGGGGGUCGUCCCGUGGUCUGUUCUCGGCUCAACUCGUGAUGAGGAGAUCGCUAGCUAAAGGUGUUGGUCUUCUGCUGCUGACUGCUCUUCUGGGGAGACUCCACCUGGCUGAAGGAGGAUGCUCUCAGAAGUGCUGCCAGGACAAAGACCUGACGUGCAGGACCUCAGACUGGAGGGUGGACAGGACGUACGGAACCUGCUUUUGUGACGAGGGCUGCCAGCUGACCAGAGACUGCUGUUUCGACUACACCGCGGAGUGUCCAGCCCGGCCCUGUGUGGUCGGCGAGUGGAGCCCCUGGAGCGGCUGUGUCCAGCAGUGCCGGCCGGCAUACCGCGUCCGCAGACGGCGGGUGGAGCAGGAGCCCAGGAACGGCGGCCAGGCCUGCCCCCCGCUGGAGGAGAGGGCUGGGUGUCUCGAGUACCUGAGCUCCAGGGGCCAGACCUGCGCACAGGCCCAGGGUGCUGCCUUCAUAACGUCAUUGGCGUACAGCAAAGGAAGACGAAAACGGGACCUAUCUGCAGAGCUGGAGGACCCUGGGUACUGCAUGGAAUUCCAGAUGGGGUCGCUCUCGCACCACUGCGCCCUGGAGAGCCGCGCCCACGCCCGGUGGAUGCAGUAUCUGAGGGAGGGCUACACGGUCUGCGUCCUGUGCCAGCCGCCAGCGAUGAGCGACGCCGGCCACAGCUGUCAGGGGGACGGCACGGGCAUCGAGGGAAACCGAAUCCUUCAGUGGCAGGCAGUGGGUAAUCCCAGGUGCAGAGGAACAUGGAGGAAGAUUCAGAAGGUGGAGCACUGCUCAUGCCCAGUGGUACACAGCUUUGUGUUUAUCUGAACAGAUCACAAAGGCAGCCAUAAAAAUAUGUAAGUAGAUCUACUGAGGACCUGGGGUAUAUUAGAUGUGUGGAGAGACCUUCAUCCUACAGGAGGGGGCUGUACACAUUUCUGUGCCCUCAUUACUUUCAUAGCAGAUUAGAUUACUUUCUUACCAACAGAACAGACAGAACCAGAGUAAAGGAAGGUGUAAUUGGAACACCUGUCCUGUCUCACCAUGCACCAGUUAGAUUAAUACUAGAUUUAAACUUGUGGAAACAGAACCAUUUAUGGAAGAUGAACUGUGGUGUUUGAAUAAUAUCAAAGAGGACAUUAAACAGGGUUUUGAACUGUUCUUGAGGACAAUAUAACAGCAAUAAUAUGGAAUACAGCCAAAGCAGUACUUAGAGGGGAAACUUAUCUCUAAUUGCUCAAAUAAGAAAAAAGUAAGACAGGCCAGAUUGAAGAACUAUAAUCCGACUUAAAAUAUAUACAACAAGAUAAGAAGAAAACGCCUACUCAGAAGAUAUCCAAGAAAUUAAUGAAAACUAGACCAGAAAUACAUAACCUGCAACCUGUCUAGAAACAAAAUUAAGGUUUCUAAAACAAAAUGACUACGAAUCAAUGAAAAUAUUAGCAAGAAGAUGACGUAAAAAACAACAAGUCAAAUCCACAAUCCAUAAAAUUAUUGAUUUGGGUACACGGCAACUGCAUUACAAGCUAAAGGAAAUACAAACAACCUUUGUUGAAUACUACAAAAACAUGUAGAAUACGAACAAACUAGAAUUCAAAUUAAACAGCGACUACUAGAGACUUUAAACUUUCUUGUUCUGAAUGCCAAAAACAAAGCUAUAAACACUAUAUUAACUGCAGUAUUAAACAGUGAGGAAAUGUAUAAUACUAUCUCUAAUCUUAAACAUCACAAAUCGCCAGGGGCUGAUGCUUUCCACAUGAUAUACAGAGAACAAUUAGCUCCUCGUCGUUUGCCCUCUUGUUACAGGAUAGAGAAAGGAGGAGGUCUGCCUCCUCCUAAAUUAAACCAGAGGAAGGGAAUAGCAGAGUAGAUGUGGGUCUUUUAACGCAAUUUCCAUUUGAAUGCUUCAAUCAAUACCAAAAAUAGUGGAGAAAAUUUUACCUUAUUUAUAAAUGUAGAAAAGUAGAUUAAGCCUUUUUUAUUUAGAACAGUCCAACACAAUACAUUGUUAGAUGCAGUUUAAAUAUUGUGAAGCCCAUUUAUAAUGAAAAGAUAGAGGCCAUUCUGAAUAGUUUAGAAGCAGGAAAAGCUAUGGAUGGGAUCAGUUGGGAAUAUUUAUAUCAAACACCUGAGAGAAUUUGGAUUUGAUAACAAAUUAAUGGCAGGUGUGCCAGAAACUGCAACAUUAUUGAAUGUGUCAAGGGGAUCAGUGUGUGGUGUAUUUUUACACCAAACAAGGGUAAACAGCCUCAGGAAAGAAGAACAGUGGUUGCAAGUCCAAUCUCACCAACAGGGAUAGAUGGAUAGUUCCUACAAAUCACAAAGCAUCGGCUUCAAAAAUUACCACAGGAAUUGAAUCUACAUUUCUGUGAGCCAGUCUCAACAAAAACUGUACAUCAUGAGUAGGGCUGCCUUUAAGUGCUUACAACAGUAUUCCAAGAAAGACUGAAGCUGUUCUGAAGGCAAAGGAUGGCCCAGCUCCUUAUUUCGUUAAUACAAAUUCAUAUAUUGCUUGGGGUUUCCAUUAUUUUGUCCAGACCUGUACAAGUAAAAACAAAAGAGAACAACUUCACAAUGCUGGAGGUUAUGUGGAGAGCAGGUAGACUCUUUUACAUAUAUUCUGGACCUGCCCACAAACAGUGUUAUUGGCAAUUCAUACACAUAGACCCUAAUAAGAUAAUAAACCUAGUUAUACCUUUUGAAUUCUCAGCUGUGUAUCUGAGACGUUUUGUUUUUUAUCAAACAGAACCUAAGCACAAAUAUAUACUAAUAAUUCUUCUAGCUGCUAGUAAAAGCAAUCACAAAAAAUGGCUUAUUAAAGACCUCCAGCAUCUGAACAGAAUGAUCAUGUGAAUGAGAUUUACACAAUGGAAUGGCUAACAUUUUCUCUUAACUUAAGGCAGAAAAAUUAAGCAAAUACUGGGUAACCUGGAAAAAAAUGUCCCCAGUAAAACCUGAUUUCACUUUCUGAAGUAAAAUGAACUAAGAUUUCUAGA